UAAAUUCACGCCUUUGACCUACGCCCACAGUCUGGCAGCGCCGGUUGAGCUACCAACAUCACCAAGGACACAUGUGUGUCUUAUAGGGCCGCUGCUGUUCCAUGCUGGUAAAUUCGUGAACAUUCUCCAGCUGUACGAGCCGGCACAUCGGGUUCAACAAUGGCGGAGCUGAAUAGCUUGGAGAGCCUGCAAGCUCUGUACUCCGAUCUCGUCGCUCUGUCUGAGAAACAACUAUCGAGCAUUGAACGGUUGGCGGCGGAACUCGAUGCCCAUCGAAGGGACUUCAAGAACCUGUUGGACAAGAAGCCUCGCAACGAGCAGAGCCGGAAGAGCUUGGCAACAGGGAAGCUGGAUGUUUCUGGUGACGAAUACACUAUCAAUGCAGAAUUCCAACAAGGCGCUCUACAGCUCGCUGACGAAUUGGACCUUGACGAACUUGAUGCUGCUAGUGUCUUUCUGGAGGCUCAAGGGGACACCGAUGCCUCUGGGCAGCCUGCGCUUACGAAUUCGGUCGUUCGAUUUCAUCAGCGACGAAAAUGUGUCUUGGAUUGCCUUCGCAUGAUCGUUCAACUAUCGGCGGACAUUAAUCAGGAUGAUCAGCUCCGGGCCGAUCUACGAGCUAUCUUGGAUGAUAUUGUCCAGCCAGGGGUUCCGCCUUUGAGAUAUACACAGAGAUGUCUUUCGAGCAUGACCGAUAUCAAAUUAUGGCUUCAGCGGCUUGCAGAGAAGCUGAGUGGCGCAUCUGUUCUCGAGAGAUUACAGCAUGUGGAGGUUUUGCAAAUGAUGGAGUACCAGCGAGUCAGUCUCAUCAAACAACACGAGUCACUAGCAGUUAUUCUGGUGUAUCUGGUGAAGGAAAGCCAUUCCGUUGCGGCAGAUUUUGAUCAGGUGUUGGAAACUAUGAGGAGGGCAGACAAGUACGACAAUCUCUUGUUGCAUUACUUCCCACCACUGGCGGCCUUCAUAUCACGCUUUGGCGGUGUUGACGGAAAUAUCACUGAUGCAAGAGCAUUAAAUGCGAGAGUCUUUCAACAGGAUGAUGACAAACCUUGGACUUUACCCUACGUUCAUGCUGCAUUCCGGGCUUGGUGGCUUGCUGAAUACAGUGGAUGGUAUGGCGAGAAUUCCGAGAGUAAUGUACCAGACAAUCAGGUUCAGCCAGAGGCUGCCCAGCGGGCACAGCAGUUUGAGACAGCUCUAAAAGAUGGCGCGUUUGACUUCAUCUUAUCCCUUUCUGCAGACGUGAAGCCUGUCGAAUGGUACGAUCCUGCUCGCCUUGGCCUACGACAGUAUCUACAACGAAAAGCUCCAGUCUUGGCUUCCGACUCUGUCCCAUUCUCUGACUUCUUCCAAGAAGUGUUGAUGGAACUGUUAGAGACCUUUGUCGAGAGCUUCAUCACGAAUCUUCCUGAUGCGCUCAGAAAACUUCGACAAGACGAGGAUGAACAGCGACAACUUAGCCCAAAUCACGAGCAUGAUCCAGAUUUAGAGAAAUUUGUAGUGAUUAUAUCAUAUGCUUACGAUGGUCGACCGAAGGCUGCCCUAGAAGGGUUCUGGGAUGCUCCUGAUGGUGCAUUAAUCGGCUUCGUGCAAUGGACCUCCAAGCGGGCAUCGACUCCACUUAUCAGCGCAUUUUGCGAGAUGCUACAAGCAAUAUCUGCAGAUGAAGAGUGUGCUACAGCUGCUCAUCACUUUUUAUUGGAUGAAGGAGCACAGCCAACGGGCAAAAUCAGGAGGACAACUUCAUUGACAUGGAACCAAAUUUUCAAGGAACUGACAUUCUAUUCGUCACAACUCCGAGACGUCCCAGCUUUGCCACAGGGUCAAACAUACCGUCUUGGAAAGCCGCAAACCGAUCAUGUGGAAAGGGAACCUGACUCGGAAAUCCUAUUGGAAUGCUAUCUCCGUCUGAUCACACGACUCUGUUCCGGGAGCACAGAAGCCAGGACUUUCUUAGCCCAACACCAGUCCUUUCAUAUCACUGAUUUACUUUUCCAGCUCGCCAGCAGCGCCAUCGCAUCUCGUCUCCGAGCAUGUGCAUUCACAACUCUUCGGUCUCUUCUCACCCAAAAAUCCAAAGAUGCCGGGGAAUAUUUAUGGACAGCUCUUGACGUGUGGAUUUCUGGUGGCUACUCGCCAGGAUCUACAAUGCCCAAGACAUCGUCUUCUUCGUCAACUACCACCACUGCUGCUUCAAUGGGUGCAAUACUCAAGGGACUAGCAUCAGGCUUUGAAGAACCGAACGCCUUCGUCCAACUACUUCAUGCUCUUGUGUUGCCAUACCAUGAUGAUUCGGGCCUGUGCGAUGACUUGCCAUUUCCCGAAAAUUUGGGGAUUUCAACCCGGCAACCAGGCAUUGAUCCAUACAUCGACUUUGUCCUUGGCCAAAUUUUCGGACAGCGAGCCCCAGAGCAAAACGAGCCUGCUCAAUUGAGACUGUUGCAACUGAGUUGUUUGGACUUCAUCGCCACCUGUUUGGAUACUUUCAACGAAGACCUCGUGAUCUUCGCAAGUCAAUCAAAUGUAGUCGUUGAUGCGGCUAUUCGAGCAUCCAAUCUCCAGAACUAUGUCCUUCUUCACCCCUUCUCAAGAGUGAUGGAGUGGAUGUUCAAUGACAAAAUCAUGGCUGCCCUAUUUGCUACCGUUCAUCAAGAUCCGGCAGAAGUGCAUCGGGUUAAUCCAGAGUCACCCCUGAUGCUCUGCCUCCUCCGCGGUAUCCAUGUUAUUAGCUCAAUUCUGGACCUUCAACCUACAUAUCUGGACAUCAUCCGGCCUCUGAUUAAAUCCGUCCCAAACUACCGAAGGAUUCCCGUUUCAAACGCGUUAUUUGGAUGUUUUGAAGACGGUGUGCUGAACCAUCUCACGAUAUUCUCUGACUUGGGCCGAUAUUGUGGUACGGGCUACUCUAAACUCGUACUGUCAUCCCUGAAGCUUCUUGAGAAACUUUCAGCGUCCCCAAAGCUGUCAUCAUCCCCUAGCUCCGGCCUUGGUCGUGGGUCAGACCGAAACAAGGCACUCGCUGCCCUUGACGAUGAUGCUGAGACGAUAUCAAAAAUCCUCCUCUGUGAGAUAGAUUCUCCACUGGACAAUAAUCAAGGCCCAGAAUCAGACACAUAUAUCAUCAAAAUCCAGAUUUUGGACUUUCUCAAUGCUUGUCUACGAACCGCCCCUGGCCGACCCACCAUAGCGCACCUUCUUCUGGGUUUUCGUUGUGACAACGAUUCCCUGAGUGUUGACGCAGAUGGUCCCUUCAGCCGCAGUGUUUCUCUCUUUCACUCGAUCCUGGAUAUGGUACUUAAUACCCCCAUAUCUCAAGACGACGUAGGUAUCUCAUCGUGGCUAGUGUCUCUGAGCUACAAGGGAAUGCAAGUAUUGAGAGAACUUUGGUCAUCACCUAUUUCGUCUCCCAUUACAAUGGCUGAAAUGCAGGCCAAUGAUACAUUCUUUCUACUGUUCGCCAGAGAAACGAUCAUCAAACCAGAAAUAUUGUGGCAAGGCUUGAACGCUACCGAUCCCGCGUUUACUUCCUCUCCAUCGGCAUCUUGUCUCUCCGAAUUCCUGGGUCGGAGAUCACUGGUGCUUCAAUAUCUAUCGGCUGAGCUGCGCCAGGUCGCCCGUAGCCACUCCCCAUCACUGAAACAGCGAAUGUUUGAAACAUUACUAGGAUCGACUACCCUUGACGAUGGAGAGAAAGUCGAGCAUGCUACCAUUUUCGAUUUGUUUGACUUUAUGGAGAACGAGUUUACAGCCCCGCCAAACCCUCCUCAACUUACUUGGUUCAAGCAUAUCGAUGUGCACGCUUGUCUGGAUAGGUACGAGGACCUAUCAUCUUCCUACGACCUUACAAAAGCUGAGGAACUGCUACUCUUACACUGUGCGGAGCUCACUCAUGCAAGGCGACUGGAAAACGAACAAGAUAAAAAUAAUGUGAACGCUGAGGCUCAAGGACUACUUCAAUUCAUGGCUCAAGAUAAUCAGGUCAAGAUUUUGAAUGCAUCGCGAAUAAAGGUGCUCAGAUCAUGGGUCCAGCUAACGCUACUGAUGGUUGAAAGUGGAGAUUUUGACAGCACGGCGAGGAUUUCUUUCGUCUUGAGAAGUUUACAGACAAUCAUGCCAAGGACAGAGAGUGGUCUCGAAGCGGUCUCUGAAGCGCUUGAACUGGCAAGACUCGCGAAGGCUUUAAUCUUCAGCUUGGAUUUUGGUUCCGACUCGUUCAAGCAAGGUGAUAUUGGAGACUUGGUCAGCGAUAGGUUGUUCCAUCUGUUCCAAGUUUCUCUCAGGGCAAUCAUUACACUUGGUGCAAAAGUGGAAUUGAAAGCAUUGUAUUACGACAUCAGCUAUCGCUACUUAUCAGGAAUGUCGGAUGUCUCCGGCAUAUCAGGUAUACAUCGAAGACACGGCAUCCAGACAAUCAAGACUGCGGGAGAGCGAUUCAUUGAAGUUGUCUGUGAUGAUGCGCACGCUGGUGAGCCUGCGUGUCGAAUCGCGGCAUUACUUGUUCUCGGUGCAUUGGUGAAAAUGGGAAGACAAGAAAACUCGAAGUACAUGAUUGAAGCCCUCGCUCGGCUCAACUUCAUUGGCAUUCUUGUCGACACUAUUCAGCAUAUUUCGACCGAUUUGCGGGAGACUUCUGUUGAGGAUAUCGACAUGCAACUGUCCUAUUGUCACGCCAAGCUUUCACUCCUCCUACAAAUAUCGCAAACCCGCCUUGGAGCUGUAGCUAUUCUGAAUUCCGGAUUGCUUCAUUCAAUCAAGGUUUCUGGCUUGUUUGCCACUGAUGCAGAUCUUGGAGUUGACAUCGAGGGACCUGACGCCGUAAAUCAGCAUUAUCGAUUGUUGGCUGCCGUAAUGAGAGUCAUCUGUGCAGCUGUGUUGAGCCGAGGCUCCCAGAAUCAACAGACUCUCGAGCAAGGUCGAAAAUUUCUUUCCGAAAACAGACUUUCGAUACUUGCCGUUCUCAAAAAGUCUGCUGGCCUUGGCAAUACAUCUGGGAUGUCCCAGCAGAGCAUCGAUGAUCUUGCGGACUCAUUCACGUUGCUCAUGUCUGUGACAGAGUUUCUUGAAUUCGAGGAACAAAUGCAUCAAAAGAAACGGGCGAAGGUAUACACUGCGUUCACAUAAGUGGGUUGUGUUUAUGUCAGGAGAUGCUGUACAAUAGAUAGACCAAGGAAGGCGUGUCUGGGUAGAUCCGACGUUGUCUCGCGCUGGCUCUGCUAGAUGACAGGAAAGUCGAUGAAAAAUGACCUGGGAUGAGAUACCAUAAAAUAAACUACAUUUGAUUGAGCAAUUGCGUCUUUGCAAGUG